AUGGCAAACGUGAUUGACCUGAAAGAGUUCGUGUUUGACCGCGUUCUGGAUGAAAACGCGCUCGCUCAUACACUCGCCGUCCUGGGCACACUGCCCUCCCCAUCGGCACCCUCUGAGCUGAUUCGUGCCAUCCUUCGCUUCGAGCGCACGGCCCUGUCAUCUACUGUCGCUUCCCAGCUCUCAUCCGGCAUUCUCGAGUCUAUCAAGCAGAUUGGAAGUACUGAUAUUUACUCGUGGUUCUUUGCAUGGCUUCACAAGCGCGAUGAUUUCCCUGACAUGAAGGUCUAUGUCAUCUUCCCCGCCACCGACGUCCACAUCCGCAAGUAUACAAAGCAGGACGUUCUCAUGGUGCACGAGACCCCCGCUCUCUACCGGUCCAUCGUCAAACCAUACAUCCUCGCCUUCGACCCCGCACGCACACAAUGGUAUUCCUUGGUCCAGGACAUCCUCGUAGGUACCGCCGAAGCAUCCAAUAUCCUGAAUGCCUCUCCGGACUUCCUCGUCCUUCCUGACAUGAAAUGGGACACGACCAAUGUCUCCGCCCUCUACCUCCUCGCACUCUAUACGCACUCUGAUGUGCACUGCAUACGCGAUCUCCGCAAGAAGCCACACUUGGGCAUGCUCAAGACCCUCAGGAGAGAUGCUUGGAAAGUUGUGCAGGAUAAGUGGGGUAUCGGCCGUGGUGGUGUCAGGAUGUACGUUCAUUAUCAGCCGAGUUAUUAUCACUUUCAUGUGCACAUCGUCCACACGGGCCAUGUCGGGCUGAACGGCAUGGUGGUGGGGCAAGCCCACUUACUGGAUGAUAUAAUUUCGCUGCUCGAACUAGACCCUGACGAUGGCCCUUCCAUCCUUGAGCGCAUGACGUUUACUUACGGACUCGGCACAGAGCAUGGGUUGUACAGACCCAUGGCUGCAGCACUUACAGAGGUGCAUGAUACGGACUAG